CCAUCCUGGAAACAUUUUGGUGUGGCGAUGAUGGAAAACUACAAGCUCAAUACAGAGCGUAUGAAAAAGCUUAGGAAUGUAUCAUCAAGAUUUUACUCGGUUGUAUCAGCUGGUAAAAUUAUUCCAAAACACAGUAACCAGCCAGUUAAGAGGCCACCAAAGGCACCAAGGACCAAGCAGCCAUCCAGAACUAACCAGCCGCUACCAUCAGACAUGGAGAAUCUGAUGCAGUGCACAGCCUUUGCAACAGCAGAUGAAUAUCAUCUUGGUAAUCUGUGUCAUGACCUGACUUCACAUGGAUAUGUUGAAAUAACAAGUUUGCCUAGAGAUGCUGCAAAUGUUUUGGUGAUUGGUACUGAGAAAUCUGCAAAAGUUGAUGAUCAUGGCAUGAUUUUCUUCUUCAGGGAAGGGGCUGUUGUGUUUUGGAAUGUGGAAGAGAAAAGUAUGAAGAAUAUCAUGCGAAUGCUAGAACAGCAUGAAAUUCAGCCGUAUGAAGUUGCACUAGUCCACUGGGAGAAUGAAGAGAUCAACUAUAGAAUAGGAGAAGGUCAGACCAAGCUUCAUAAAGGAGAAAUCUUGUUAAAUUCUGAGCUGGAUAGUGAUGAAGUCAUUCUGCAGAAAUUUGCCUUUUCGAAUGCCCUUUGUCUUUCUGUAAAGCUGGCUAUUUGGGAAUCAUUAUUGGAUAACUUCGUGGAAUCUAUCCAGUCAAUUCCUGAGAUACUAAAGUCACGAAGGAAGGUAAAACUGUCCCAUGCUGAUGUGAUGCAGAAAAUCGGAGAACUCUUCGCAUUAAGACACCGAAUAAAUCUGAGUUCAGACCUACUAAUAACACCUGACUUCUACUGGGAUAGAGAAAAACUGGAAGAGCUUUAUGACAAGACUUGCCAGUUUCUCAACAUUAAUCGCAGAGUUAAGGUAAUGAACGAAAAGCUUCAGCACUGCAUGGAGCUGACAGACCUAAUGCGAAAUCACCUGAAUGAAAAGCACACUCUGCGCCUUGAGUGGAUGAUAGUCAUACUCAUCACCAUAGAGGUCCUGUUUGAACUUGCAAGGGUAGUUUUCUGAUGACAGAAGAAACUCAGGAAGAAGAAAACUGACAAAACCAUAAAGACCAUAUGGCCCAGAAAAUUCCUGUCUAUCACAUGCUUCUGGAAAAUAGUGGAAUUGUCUCUUGAUAAAUAUGUACCUCUUCUACUCAAAUAAAAAAAAAAA